UGGAUAGAUAAAUGCGCUCCUUGAUAAUUUUGGCAAUAGUCAAUUAAUUUUCGGAACACCGUUAAAAAAAAAAAUACUGAGUGGGGAUAACUUGUCAAACCGCGAAGAGUUUUCUAUCAUGACGCAUGCGUUCGCUGCGUUCGAUAGUACCAAUAGUUCAUUAGUACAUCAUGAAGUUCAUGGAUAUCCGAUUAUAAUCUGCAUCCAGUGCAUUUGAGUUCUUUGGCACUACUGCGGACUGCAGUUCACGAGUUUAUGGGAGAAAUGUCAAGUGUUUCGUAGCGCCGGGCCACGCUAAUGUUCAUUUUGGACUGCUUUUUGAAUUUCAUAUUAAAAAAAUCGUCUUUACAUCCGUUAUGUGAAAGCAUAGUUCUUUUGUGUGUAAGGCUUAUUCGUAUACUCAUGCGAAUUAGGUUAUGUUCCUGUUUAGUACCCUGUGUUUGUGUACUUUUGCUCCGUAAAAUAACAUUAUUGACAUAAGUUUUUUUAAGUUACAUUAAUUGAAUUUUUUAAAGUUCGUGUAAAAUGACGGAAGAGACUGAAGUAACCGGCAUAGACAGCCCUACAGAUGCGAAAUACAGGGUGCACGCGAGUAUAGCUUUCGCUGUGUUACUGCUCGGCGUCGGGGUACCAUUAUGGUGGCACACGACCGCUGUCCCACGUGUGCGACUUCCUUAUGCCGGAAUAGCCGAAUUAUCGGGGCUUGAAAUGAAAAUCAAGGUUAACGUUGUCGUCGCUGGCCUCGAGAAAGAUCGCAUCGAAUUACUCGCCGAAGAAAUCUCCCAAGCUUUUCAAGACUCUGAAGCAUACAGCCUCAACGUUAAAUACGAACUCAUUUCGUUGAAACUCGUGUGGUCCGCAUACACGCCCGUGGAUCACGAAAAAAUCGCGAAAACUUUUGACCUGGGCGUUGGCGAUCUGCUGCUCCUCGAAUCUCCGAACGUGCAAGGCGUCCUCGUAGGUCCAGGACGAAGCAUAUUUUUCUCCAACGGGACAAGUGGAGCUAAACUGGCUGAAGUUCUAAGAAAAUGGAUUUUGAGAGACGAGUCCGUGGCACUGACGAAAAACGCCUUAACUGACCCAACAAAGUACAGCCUCGACGAAGAAAAUCGUAGACGUUUUCCAGCCAGUCCGGCUUACGACAUUCUGCUGACUUUGGUAAAUCCGGAACCGGAAAAGCUGACGGUCAAAUGGGAUUUGCCGAGUCUAGCCAAUGAUUACAUCGAACCGUUUCUCCAGGACAUUUCCAUCGUGGCUAAUUUCUCAAUCAAAUCUCAGUGGCUUUAUCUCAUGCCUCUGGAUGUGUCUCCUAAACAAAUUCCGGACAGUAGUCCACGGGGCAGACACUAUGCACUGCCCGAAGAUGUUUUGCCACAACUGAUCACUCCUCUGGAAAAGAAACUAGCUUCACAGAUCAGUCUACAUCCAUGCAUCAAUCUCGUCGUGUACGUUGUUCCAUGCGACGAAUCACCUCUUCAUAUUUACACGAAGAGCGGUUAUCGACCGAAAUCUAUCAAUAACGUGGAGGCUUUCCUUUCCCCAAGAUGGGGAGGCAUCGUCAUAGCGAAUCCCCCGUCGGAAGACUGUGAAGAAGCUCAAGGCGACGGAGCGGUCGAGGUUGUGCCGAACGCUGCCACGAUAAUGGGAGUUUUUAUAGCUCAGUUGAGGUCGCUUUUGGGUAUUCCAGAAACGGAAGAAAAUAUUUCCGGUGUCGAGGUCCUUCCUCUUGUGGGUUCGAAGCCACGCGACUGGGAACUCGAUGCUCUCUUACGGAUACGCACAGUCGAGCAGCUGACGUCAGCAAAAUUAACGCUGCAAUCACUCGCCCAACUUCUCGAGGAGAUCAGCAAUAUCGUAAUAACCGAAACCGUCGGUAAUAGAAUAAAUAACGCUUUGAGACUAGUUGAGAGUUCGGCAGAGAGUCUGAGAAGAGCUGAUCUCAAUGGAGCUUUUCUAUUGAGCAAAGAAGCUUUCGUGAUCGCCGAAGAAGCAUUUACGGAUCCCUCGCUCCUUGCACUUUUAUAUUUUCCAGAUGAUCAGAAAUACGCAGUCUACAUUCCGCUAUUUCUACCUGUCAUGAUACCAGUAUUAUUGUCCUUGAAGAAUAUCAAGAAAUUUUACUUCCCCUCUCGCGCUGAGGAGGUGGAAGAACCUAGUGAAAAGCCGAACGAACAAAACGAUUGCGAAGACGAUGGAGACGAUGAUUAUGAAGAUGAAGAUGAAAAAGCCGAUUAGGAAGAUUGCAGAUUCGCUUUAAGAAAAAGCGUACUUCGGUAUCGUAACCAAAUACUUUUGUACAGUACACACAUCUUUAUAUCCGAAAUGCAAGCAUUUCAAUGAGUACAAAUUUUCAAAUAACCACAGAUCCAUUAAUAUACUUUUAUAGCCCAAGUGAA